AUGCCGGCCAAGAUGCCUGUCCAGUACCCAUCUGAUGGAGAGGGCAUUGACUCUCGAGACAAUAUGACCGAGUCUGGCUAUGUCAGUGGAGGCUCCUCUAGUGAAGAAUACAUCCCAGAGAUUGUCUUCACCAAGCCUCAUCUUCAGUUUUUGAACCGCCAGUUGCAGUUCCUCGAGCCUCAAGAUAUCUUGAGAUGGUGCAUUACAUCACUCCCUCAUCUCUUCCAGACUACUGCCUUUGGUCUUACUGGCCUGGUCACCCUGGACAUGUUGUCCAAAUUGGAUGUUCCCCGCCCCCAGAUGGUGGAUCUUAUCUUCCUCGAUACGCUGCACCACUUCUCCGAGACCCUUAAUCUGGUCGACCGGGUCCGCAAGCGUUACCCGUUGAACAAUGUCCACGUGUAUAAGCCUGCUGGUGCCGAGACUGCUGCCGAGUUCGAAUCUAAGUAUGGCUCCCGUCUGUGGGAGGUUGAUGACCAGCUCUACGACUGGGUUGCCAAGGUUGAGCCUGCCCAGCGUGCCUACCGUGAAUUGAAUGUCCACGCCGUCCUCACCGGUCGCCGUCGCAGCCAGGGUGGCAAGCGUGGUGACCUCGACGUCAUUGAAGUUGACGAGGCUGGCCUUAUCAAGAUCAACCCCAUGGCCAACUGGUCCUUUGACCAGGUCAAGCAAUAUGCCCGGGACAACAAUGUUCCCUACAACGAGCUCCUUGACCGUGGCUACAAGAGUGUCGGUGACUGGCACUCCACCCAGCCCGUUGCCGAGAACGAGGAUGAACGCUCUGGUCGCUGGAAGGGUCAGCAGAAGACCGAGUGUGGUAUCCACAACCCCCGUUCCAAGUAUGCUCAGUAUUUGAUGGAGAUGGAGCGCAAGCGCCAAGAGGAAGCUUUGACAUCUGCAUUGCACGCUCAGCUUUCUGCAGCUCAAUGA